AUGAAGCGAAUUAUAGGUGUUUGUGGAGCGCCGGUCACAACACAUAACUCUGGAUUUGUAGGUCUAUAUGGCGUUGAAAGCGGUUUUCAGAAUAGAGGAAUCGGACAGAAAUUAUUCACACUUUGCUUACAACACAUAAACGAUAGAAACUGUGGAUUACAUGCCGUUCCCGAGAAGUUGUCAAUGUAUGAGAGAAAGGCUGGCUUUGGUGUGAGAGAAGGGGUCUCAAUGGUUGUGUGCAAUAAUUUGCCACAGAAUUGGCAAAACCUCUCGAAGACAAUCAAUGAUAACACAAGAGUAGAGGAAUUGAAUAAAGAAAACAAACAUUUAUUGGCAAAAAUCAUUGAAUACGACUCCAAAGUACACAAAGAAAAACGCGAAAAACUAUUGACAUCAAGUCUUACAAAACCCGAUUACACGACAUUCGUGGCCAUCGAUGAUAUGAGUGGACAUUUGGUUGGCUUUGGAUGUAUUCGUCUCCAUAAUGGAGGCAAAGGAAUGAUUGGACCUCUUUAUGCAGAUAAUGAUACCAUCGCUGAAGUAUUGGUCUAUAAUUUAAUCAAUUCCUGUAUUGCGGCCCAAACUAAAGGUCUGCUAUUUAUGACAAUCUCUUCGUCUUCGGGUGGACUCAAAAUCGCACAGAAAUUACAAAUCACUGAAAGGGAUAGAUGUGAACUUAGUAUUGGAUACGUUAAAUUUUCUGAUAAAAGUGGUCACCUGAAGUCAGAGCCAUAUGUGGACGAUUAA